AUGUUUAGGAGAGGUUUAAUUAACACGAGGUUUAUUCCUAGACUAAAUUUCCAACAAACAAGAUUUAUAAGUUCAGAAAUAAAAGAAGCAAUAAAUUUAGCAAUAAAUUCAACUCCAGUAGUAUUAUUUAUGAAAGGAACACCAGAAUUUCCACAAUGUGGAUUUUCAAAAGCAACAAUACAAACUUUAGGACAACAAGGAGUUGAUCCUCAAAAAUUUGCUGCUUAUAAUGUUUUAGAAGAUAAUGAAUUAAGAGAUGGUAUAAAAGAAUUUAGUUCAUGGCCUACAAUACCACAAUUAUAUGUUAAUGGAGAAUUUGUUGGAGGUUGUGAUAUUAUUUUAAAUAUGGCUCAAAAUGGUGAAUUAAAUGAAUUUUUAGAAAAAGAAAAAGUUUUAAUACCUGAAGAUGAUAGUGUUAAUGUUGAUGUUAAACAAGCUGAUAUAAAACCAAAUAGAGAUUAA